UAAUCAUAAUAUGUGAGUAUUAUAUGACAUAUCUCUUUACGUAUCAACAUUUAAAAAAUUCAAAUACGCGGUUAUUUAUUGUGAAUUUAAAAUAUGCUACAUAGACAUUCAGCUGAUUUUUGCAAUCGGCGAUGCGUCUGAUUGGCGCAAAAAUAUUAGUAUUUGUUAUUGUGAAUGACCGGUAAGAACUACAUAUUUCACAAUUCUGCAAUUCAAAUAUAGUUAAAAAAGUAAAAAUAUAAUAUUGAUGGCUUCAAUUUGGAAUCCAGAAGUUGAUGUUUGCUUAACAGACUCAGAUGAUGAAGAUGUUGAUGAAGGCGGACGAGAUUGGAAGAGCGGCCGGGAGUGUAUGUUGUUCGUAUUAGAUGCAAAUCUUUAUGCCGACGAGGAGCGUUUUGUUCAAGCAUUGGAGAUGAUACGUAAUGCUUUCGUAUCGGGUUUACUUAUGAAUGAUAAGGAUUUAAUGGGUCUCAUGUUGGCAAAUACAGAACACAGUCCUGAUCCAUAUGAGCCUGGUUGUUUAGAGCACAUUGUGGUGCCACAAAAUUGCGCAGUGUUCCUGCCACUUCAUCAACUGACUAAAUACAUAGUUGAACAUUUGCUACAUUUUCUUGCAACAGCAUCUGAUAAGUUUGGUGAAGAAUAUGGCUAUGUCAGUCGAGGUACCAGUUACGCUAGUAUGUUACGUUUAUGCUUAAAUCUUUUCGAUAACGCUAGUUACGAGUGUAAUAGUGCAAAAAUAGUGUAUUUAACUGAUAUUGAGUGUCCACAUACAUCAGAUUCUCAAGAAUUUCAAAUGGCAUUACAGAAAGCUAAUGAUUUGGAAGGGAGGGCGAUGGAAUUUCAUGUUAUACCAAUGAAAGAUGAUUUUAAUUAUGAUUUAUUUUAUAAGGAAUUUCUGUGCUUAGUAAAAGCAAUCGAUAUUGAGAGUUUCCAGCCUGCGGAUCCACAACAGCUACGUGAAUUAUUGUCGAAUCGUAAACUUAAGCAAGAUUAUUCACGUCGCACUUUGGGUCAUUUUAAAUUUUCCUUAGGUGCUAAUCUUGAAAUUUCGGCGCAGUACUACAAUUUUUUUAAAAAACGUUUAUACCCACGUAAAAUUCGAGCAUUAAGAAAGAAUAAUGCUAUUGUACGUUCCAAAAAUGUUAUUACGGUUAGUAAAAGAGAUGAGGCGACUUCGGAAAUUAUUGAAGAGUAUGAGGUAAAAAGCACAGGUGGUUGGUAUCAGCUUUAUACAGGUGAAAAGACCAUUAAAAUAACACCAGAGCAAAUAUUGCGUGUGAAAAAUAUGCAUGCACCUGGCAUGAUGCUGCUGGGAUUCAAACCUAGUUCCACUUUGGACAAUUUUGUACCCCAUAAACCUUCCAAUUUUAUGUAUCCGGAUGAUCAAACUAUUAUUGGUUCGAAACGUUUAUUCCGUGCGUUAUGGCAACGUUGUCGUGCACGUAAUAAAAUUGCUGUGUGCCUAUUUCUGCGUAAGAAAAGGUCGAUACCACGUUAUGUGGCACUUGUGCCUGUAUCCACUGAAGAUAAUGAAGGUAGCGAUAUGCAGGAUUUACUUUCUAGAGAUGGUUUUAAAAUAAUUUAUUUACCAAUGGGCAAACACAUACGUCACAUAAAUUUCAAUGAUUGGAAUAUUGAGAACAAUGAAUCACCUCCGGAGGGUGUGGAAUUGUUUCAAAAAAUUAUUAAAAAGUUACGCAUUAACUAUCAACCAGCAGUCAUUAAUGACCCAGGGUUGGAACAGCUACAAGCUAGAAUACUUGCUUUAGCUUUGGAUAUCCAAACUGAUAAUGAUGGUUUGACAGUAAUGCCAAGCACUGAAAAGCAGGAUGAACGCAUUGCCAGUAUAUUGCCAAAAAUAGAAGAAAUUUUUGGAAAAGAUGUAGAGGUAGCUAAAAAACGUGCUGCUACAGGAACUGCUGAAGAGACAGCGUCCAAAAAAGCCAAAAUAAAUGAAGACGACUUAAAAAAAUAUGAAUAUGUUCAGCAACUAAUAAGAAACGAAGCACUUAUUACAUGCACAAAUGCACAAUUACGUACUAUUCUUAGCACUCACUUUGAAGUUACUCCGGCAAAAAGUACAACUAAGCCAGAUCUUAUCGAAAAAAUUAAGAACCUAUCCAAUUAAGCAUAUAAUUAUAUUAUUGUUAAGUAUUUUCUGAACUCCAUUUAUUAAUUUAUUUGUUAUACGUAAUU